CCCCCCUCUGGGCCAUUGACCCCCUUCUGACGUUGUUUCUGCAGGGGACGCUCUUGAGAAAACACGGCAAGGGGACCGAGAAGAGCAGGGUGAAGCUGCCCAGUCACACUGAUGGCACCCAGAUGAUCUUCAAUGCGGCCAAGGAGCUGGGGCAGCUGUCCAAACUGAAGGACCACAUGGUGCGCGAGGAGGCCAAGAGCCUGACCCCCAAGCAGUGCGCCGUGGUGGAGCUGGCCCUGGACACCAUCAAGCAAUAUUUCCACGCCGGGGGGGUGGGGCUGAAGAAAACCUUCCUGGAGAAGAGCCCCGACCUGCAGUCGCUGCGCUACGCCCUGUCUCUGUACACGCAGGCCACGGACCUGCUCAUCAAAACCUUUGUGCAGACUCAGUCGUCUCAGGUCCAUGGUGGAAAAGGGAUUAGGUUUACCCUUAGUGAAGAAAUUUAUCCUGAGAAGGGUACGUCUAACACUGCCGAACCCCAAUGCACUGAGCACUCCCUCCGAACCGGCCGGAGCUAGUAACAGUCCCUCCGCCCCCGCUCGGGGAGC